GCAGGAUGGCGGCGGACGGUUCCGCAGAGGAGACGAUGACAGAAGAGGUGAAGGAGAAACGACAGAUGAUUCACGGGGCAGCGUUCCUCACCACGGUGGCGUCCGCCGGGCUGAUCGCGGGGUUCGGCUCCACGCUGGCACUGGUCAAGAAAAAGAACCCCGACUGGUUUCAUAAGGGGGCGCUGCCCACGGCGGCGCUGCCGGAGAGCGGGGCGUCCCUGGCGCUCCGGGCUCUGGGCUGGGGCUCGCUGUGCGCCUGGUGCGGAGUCGGCCUGCUCAGCGUCGCCGUCUGGAAAGUUCUGGAUGUUCACUCUAUGUCCGAGUUCAGACUGAAGAUGCAGUCCCUCUUCCCCUCCAUCCCAAAGUCGCCCGAGGCCACAGCUGGAUCUGAACCUCUGGACUGGGACUCUGUCUUCAAGUCAAAGUGACAGCGUCCUGCUGCUCGACGACCAAUCAGAUGAGAUCAAAUAUCAACGCGACUCAGCAGCUGUUUGUCAUCGUGUUCUCUGGAGGCAGCAGAGUCCAGGACUCCUCUGGACCAGAUCAACCAACACCUCUAAACAUUGAUGCUGCAGCAACACAAGAAAAACAGAAACUGUUCUGAGCAGGACGUGUUUGAUGCGUUUAGAGAAAAACAGUUAGCAGCUUCUUUAAAUUGAGUUCAGUGAGAAGCAGGGAGCCCUAUACUCUAUUAUUAAUCAUGAUGGAAUGUUGAAAUAAUGGUAAACUGCAAAUAACAAUGGAUUGUCAUAAACCCCUCCUCCAUGUUAGCAGAUGGGACAUGGACUAAAAUAUUAGAGUAGACGUUCUGUCGUUCUUAUCACACUGAAGUUUGUUCAGCGAUAUUUCAGCUUCAUUUCUGAAUCGUGGGAGGAAGUGGAGAUGUGUCGUCCAUCUUUAUUCCAGCUUCUGUAGAAAAGUAAACAGAAGGAUCCUAAACAUUUAAAGUUGUGUUCACAUGAACCCCCCAGCUUGGGGGAAAUGGCUCAGAAUCAUGUGAAAUUGAUGAAUGAGAUGAAACGUUUGAAUGUUUAGUUUAAAUAAAUCAGAUAUUUGUGAAGUGUUCCAUUUGUUUGAUGUUUGAUAAAUAAGUCCAGAUCCUGAUGGUGGAUCCUGAUGGUGGACUAUGCUCACAACAAGACUUUGAUAUAUACUAACUCGACCAUUACUGACAAUAAUCCAUCAGUUCACUGAUCUUCAGUUCUGCUACAAACUGUUUAUUCUAAUCAAAGCUGUGAAGACUCUGAUCUUUCUGAUGUCCUCUGUGACACGGGACAUCUGUUGGUCUAGUGUCCGUCCUGGAGACGGGUCCUCACAUGUGUCUCUGAGGUUUCUACCUUCACCUGUUGAAGGUCCUAGUAGUUUGACUCUUGUUGACGAACAGAGGACGUCUCACCUUGUUAAAGACGAUGAGACAAACUGGGACUGUGAAUAUGAGACUGUACCAAUAAAAUGUGAUUGAUUGAUUCAUAUGCGU